AUGGUUCACUCAACAACUGUAAACUCAACCACUAGAGAUAUCUUAGAAUAUACACAACAUAUCUGCAAGGAAUUUGCAAAUCCCGCAUUUAAAGAGGCUCCCUUAACAGCUUUGAGCAAAGAAACUUUGAAAAAGCUGUCAAAUUUAUUGAAUAAUUUGAAGAUAAUACAUUCGGAUAAUGGUUAUGAGCGUGAUUGGCGUGGUUUGGCUACCUUAACGGAGCAAAGAAGUUUAUGUGAGGCAAAUAAUAUUAACAGCAAUGAUCCAUUGCACAAAGUCAUACAAUUAUGGUGUGAAAAUAAACCGGCUACAGCAACAUUUGGUAAUUUGUUGACAUUUCUGGGUCUCAUUGAUCGUUGGCAUGUGAUAGAAGAUAUGGAAGAGAAUUUUAUGCAAGAUUUUCGCAAUCAUCAACAAUCAACCGAGCAACAAGUUACCCCUGCAAUUUCUCAACAAUUGCAAACUAAUGAAACAGAACUUUCUACCACAGCAUCCGAAGAUAACUGUUCAAAUAAAGUUGUACAACUUCCUGACACAACAAACUCUUCCUCUUUAACUGUUCAAACAGCAAGUGACGGUUUUACUUAUGAAUCAGAAACUAAAGUUCUAACCAGCAACGAUGUUCAGCGCUACCAACGAGGCCUGCCUUUGUUAGCCUAUGAUGCUUUCCUGUUAUACGCCGAUGUGGACUAUGAUUAUGCCAUAGAGAUUUUGCAGAAACUACAAAAUAAUCCCAUAUACAAUUUUAAAUUUUGUCUAAAAGAUGAUCUUCUAUUUGGCAUACCUUUUGAGCACAUCGCUCUAAUGGAAUUAAUACGAGAACGUUGUAAAUUUUUAAUUGUAAUUUUAACUAAAGAAUUCACUAAAAGUCCCGAAAAUCGUUUCUUUGUCAACUAUGCCCAGGCUUUGCAAAUAAAGCAGGAGAUACGUAAAGUUAUACCGCUACUGUAUGAGGAUCAAGUGGAGGUGCCCGCCAAUUUGGCCAUGUUCUCGCGCAUGCGUUACAAUGCCAAUCGUACUGAUUUGUAUUGGUCCAAGUUGGCCGAUUCUAUGCGCCUGUUGCAGUUAAACGAAGGAGUGGCCACAUUUUCAGCCACCUUUCAAAGGAGUAUUGUUAGCGGUAAUAGAACUCAGCCUAGAAAUUUGGCCAUAGAAGCUCAAAAUUUUCAUGACAAUUUAGAAGGCGCUCCUGCUACUAGAAAUUCGUCUUUAAGCAAUAAAAAGGGUGUUAGAAAAAGGAAAUCUACAGUAAAACCAAAUCGUGUUAAGUUGAGAGAAUCCUCUCUAAAGACUUUAAAUGAAUUUGAGAGAGUUUCUAAAGUGUCAAGUAGUGGUAGCAGUAGUGAGUCUAGAGGAAUUUUAAGAAAAAUAUUUUGUUGUCGUUAA